AUGAAAAUUUACUCUCAGGCUAGAAAUCAUACAAGAGAUGAAGAAAUAAAUUCAAGGAAUAAUAUACAUACAAUCUUUAUGAAUUUCUAUAUUAAUUAAUUAUAAAAAUAAUUAUUUAUUAAUAGAAAAUUUGUAUACUUACUCUAGAGCCAAAAAAAAAAUUGUCUAUUUUUAAUAUUUUUUAAUUUUUAAAAAAAAAGUUAGAAAUUCUAUGAAAAAGCCUUUAGAUGUAAAACUUGACGAUUAUAAAUCAAUUCUAAAAGCUUUAAAAGAAUCCAUCUGCUCCAAUUGAAAACCUACUGUUAUUCAACCAUUUGAGUUGAAAACCUCUACAAGAUCUAGACGCAGCUGCCAAACAAUUCCUCCGUCUCCUUAUCUUCAAGCCACAUUUAAAUCAGACACUGCUCCACGGCCAAUUACCCUGAAUUUUUCUAAUGAAACCCCAAGGCCAAAAACUCCAGAAUAUUCCCUCAUUUUACGGAAAAAGCACACAGCAAGCUUUGAGCCAAAAUCCCCAACUACCCAUUUUAAGCCUCAGCCAAACUUAUCAAUAAUGAAAAUAAGGCCAGGCUCUUGCUCGCCAACCAAAAGAGUGCAUUUUAAUACUGACAGUCAGCCUCCUAGCACAAGGCCAUCAACUUCUAUAGGAUCCUGCUUAAAACCUGAGCCAAUUACUCUAAGUUACCUCAACGACAGUUUUUAUUCAAAAGAAUUCCCUACAGAAUGAGAAAAAAUUUCUUUGCAUUUAAAAAAAGGUCGAUCUUAUACCCCAGUAUUAUUAUGCAGCCAAGAGCUGCAUAAGAAAUCCAAGAUUUCAGUGAAAACUAUGAAAGAUAUGCAUUUUUAA